AUGAGGCCCUGUAUGGUUGACUCUAAUGGAAUGAAGAAAGGUGCCUGGAGUGAAGAAGAAGAUAACAAAUUAAGAGCCUAUAUUCAGAGAUAUGGUGUCUGGAAUUGGCGACAGAUGCCUAAAUAUGCAGGUAAGAACUGCACUCCAUCCUCCUUUCCCAGAAAACUGAUCUAUUGCAGACUACGGUGGGUGAAUUACCUCAAGCCUGGAGUGAAAAGGGGAAACUACAGCAAAGAGGAAGAAGAUCUUAUCAUCCAACUUCACGCCAAACUUGGAAACAGGUGGUCAGCCAUAGCAUCUAAGGUUCCAGGAAGAACAGACAACGAAAUAAAAAACUAUUGGCAUUCGCAUAUAAAGAAGAGGAACAAAAGAAAUGCAGCUGAAACCGGGAUGAUCACAAAGGAGUCCCGUAAAACUUCCUCAACGUCUGAAGUAUCACAGAAAGAAGAACAACCUUAUCAAAUCAGCCCACUCCCGAUGAUUCAAAAGGAAUCCACAUCAAAGGACGUUGUUAAGGCCGAUUCUUCAUGUCUUCGAGAAUUGGAAAAUUCGGUGUCAUCCCUCAAUAAUGCUAAUAGUGUAGCACAUGAUACCACUUGUUGGGAUUCAGUCGUGGAAGGAAAUUUCUGGACUCAACCAUGUCAAAUUAAUUAUUUUGAGUCAUCACUGGAAUUGGAAUAUGAUGAAUUAUCAAUGUUGAAUCCUUAUAUGCUGAGCCCUCCCCACUGGCCUGAAGAAGAUAGUCUCCUCAUCAGAUGCGGUGCAUUAUGA